UAUUUCGGAUAUUAUAAAGUAUAAAGGUUUAGAAUCAAUCAUUUAACUUAAUUAAGUGUUUGUUUAGAACUUGCUUCGGUUAAAAAGAAUUAAAACUCGAUUAUGUGUAUUUAAUUAGCAUAAAUGUAUUUACAUUAAAUAGUUAACAUAUAAAAGUUUAAAUAGUUUAAUGAUGAAUGAUAAACAAAAUAAAGAGGCUACGUGAUAGCGAUUUAUAUCUAAGAGUAAUUUCCUUUAUAUUUUGAAAUAAACUGGGAAAUACUUGAAUAAAAUAAUAUGACUACACAAAAACGUAUCAUAACAACAUCACGAACAUGCCGCAAUGAACAUUCUAUGAUAAACGCUGUAUGGACACAUCUGCAAAUCUUACAGACCCGAUGGUUAUAUCGGUUGCUUUAGGGACUGGAGUAAUAGAAUUCUGACAGGGAAAAGCCGUAUUUCAAAGACAAACAAUAGCGGAGAUGAAUGCAUUAAAUUUUGUAAAGCAGAUAGCUACAGAUAUGCUGGAACUGAGAGCAAAGACGAGUGUUUUUGUGGUCAUACACUGAGGGUUCAAAUGAAGGUUUCUGAUUGCACACAUGUUUGCACAGGCAACAUUAAUGAGAUAUGCGGAGGGCACUGGAAAAUAUCAGUGUACGAUAUUUCACUUAUCAAACAAGACACAACUACUGCUAUGUAUUCGUCCCGAACAACAAAGGAAAUGAAAUUGACCACAAGAAAAACAACAAAAAGUGAUAAGACAUUGACAUAUGUACGUACUAGUAAAACAAGUAGUAAUGGCUCGACUCAAACUAUAUCUAACAUUACAUUAGAAACAACGCAAUACCCAUAUUCAGGGCUUAAAGAGGGCUCCAGUAAGCUAUUGGUAAUCGUUUAUGUAGCAGCACCUUUGAGUUUCGUGGCUUUAAUACUUACAGUAUUGUUAAUUGGCUUUGCAAGACGAAGACGAAUUCGCAAAGAGGAAAAGAAGACAUGUAUUGAGAAAAUAAGUCAAGGAACUGGCUCUAUUCCGAAUAUAUAUGCUAACAUUAUUGUUUCAACAGGUGAGCAAUCGGAUAAUAAUAAGAGUGAAAAUUUACAAGGAAAUGUAAAGUCAACCAUGAACGAAAGACAACCAAAUGUUCGUUAUGAGUAUAAUGAGAAAAACCAACAUGUAUACAUUGACGACAUUGACAACUACGAUUCUAUAAGGCAGCAUAACAAAAACGUUGAGCAGAUUAAAAACCCUUAUCAUCUAGUUGCAAACAGUAUAAAUGAUGAAUCGUACUCAGUUUGUUAUCAGUUUUCAAAUGGAAACAAAGAUGCAGAAAACACAUAUGCACAUAUCAAAGACACUGACAGUCCUCCAAAUAGUACAUAUAAAGCUGAUAUUGAAGUUAAUGAUUAUAAUACAUUACAGUUAAAGGCAAAUCCAGAUAAUGAAACUGAUAUAAACACCUAUGGUGCAAAUGAAUCUGAAUAUGAUACAACAUAUCCUACAUCGUCCAUGAGGAUGGACGAGGAAAACUAUUCGCAUAUGGUCGAGGUCGCGUUAGAACAAUAUGACAGUACUGUAAAAGCUGUUGCUAGGGAUUACAGAUGCUACGAUGACAACGAAUAUUCUUCAGUUGAAACACAAUUCAAGACAAAAGACAAAUAAAAGAAAUGAACUGAUUGUUUAAAAUUUCUUUAUUGGCAGGCGAUUGAAAACAUGAUACUUCUUAAAUGCAGCAAUUUAAAAUAAAUUAAUAGUCUCUAUUCGAAAGUUUAUUUAUUGAAAUUUAUCUAGAAAAUAUUUCUUAACUGAAUGUUAUAUGGUGGAAUAAUUAAUAUGCUAUACGAUUAUAUGAAUAUUAUGCCGCACGGCUACAUGGAUAAUAUGCCAUACGAGGACUAGUAUAUGCAUAUUAUGUUUCACGAUUAUAUGAAUACCAUACCUUAUGGUUAAAUGAAUAUAAUGUUUACAUGAUUAUUCAGAUAUUAAGCUAUAUGGAUAUAUAAAUAUUAGUAUAAUGUUGUACGAUAAAGUUACACGAUUAUGCCAAUCUCAAAUAAAAUAAAGUAGAAUGAUUAUUUAUGAAUCAGUUUAUAUGUUUUUGAUCGAAUUGUCAAAAAUAUUGUCUUCCUUAUAUCUUUAUGUACACUGUUUACUGAAAGUUUUAUGUGCAAAUUGAUACAACAUGAUUGACAUCAAAAUAACAUAUAAAAUGACAUGAACUGGUCUCAUUUUGUUUUCCUU